AAAAGCGAUUUUGAUGAGCGGGUCAGCGCUCAAUCCAGUUAUUCCACGACGAUUUAAUCAUUCAAAGUUUUUGAAUAAUUUUCGUAAUAAUUUGAAACUCAGUCAUUAAUAAUGUUUCAUUUAUUUGUAUCUUAAUGUGCAAACUUUGAACAUUAUAUUCAUACUCUCUCUCUCUCUUCGAAAUUUGUAGCCAAACUAUACAAUUUCAAAUCAAACCGAUUUCGUUGUGAUGUUGAAAGACAUCGAUCAAGACGUACUGAUGAGGAAAACAGCCACUGUUCCAUGGUUAUCUAUAUCUGGGCGAAAAGCAUUCGACCGUAUAUGGUAUCCAAUUAUUGAAGAGCGUAAUGCGAUCGAUCCUUUUAUGACAGAAACACCUUUUGACAUGCUAACUAAUCAAAGCUAUGAAAGUCAAAUCGAUACACUAUUCAGCAUCUCACCAAUGGAAGAAGUAUUUUCUAGUCAAAAAGUGUAUCCAGAAUUCCUAGCAAGGUUUGACGAAAAGUUUGAAAUUGAACUAUCAUUGGAAAUGGCACAUGUUGAUUUCAAUUCAAAUGUAUACAAAGAUUUUGCGAAGAGAAUCAGAGAUUUUUACCUUGACGAAAAACGUGCAAGCAAAGAAACAUUGGAUGGCGUGGAUUUAUUAACGACAGACAUCGCAUUUACAUAUGGAAAUGUCCUAAAUUUACGCAUCCAAGCAACCAAAUCCAAAGGACGAACAUUCUUUAGCAUGUUCUCUGUAGACAGGUUCUCUGGAAUUUGAGUGCACGCAAGAAUAAACACAGCAAUUUUAAGAACCCAACACACUCGGAUCAAUUGAAUUACAUUUUCCGAUUUUCCAAACAUUUAAACAUAUUCCCAGAUGAAGCCUGAAGGAAACCUGAAGGAAAACUCACUCGAGCGCCGAACCAUGAAAGUCUUGACGAAUUUUUAUGCUGAUUUCAUGAAAUUCAGUAAUCCGGUACCAAACGACGAGCUGUUUGGAUUUAAAGUGCGUGGAUCGAAACAACUCAAUUAUUUUGAUAUCACAAAUGAUGGAAUACUACGAAAGACAAAUCCAAUAGAAAAUCGAACAAGGUUUUGGGAAACAAUUUUCGAUGAUUAUAAGAGUUAUUGGAACACUAGCUUUAAUUUUCGUUUAGCGUGAAUGUACCAAUCAAAUAUACUCUGUAUUCUGUACUUUGCUUUGACCAUUGAAAUAUACAUACAAUAAACCUCAUUGUAUAGAUUCUGUUGUUGA